GCAAGGGGCGGCCGGCGGAGGGGCUAACGUGGUCCGCGCGCUCCGCGCUCCCCAACCAGAGCUCGCUAGAGCGCCGCAGCUGCCGCAGCCGAGCCGGGCGCGCGGGUUCCCGGAUGUGCGGCGCUCACGGAAGCCCCACCCCCGCCGCCGGCCCGCGCGCGCCCCCGCCCUCCGCCCCGCGCGCUGCUGCGCUCGGUUCUCCCCUCCCUCUCCCGCCCUCCCCCUUUUUCGUGCCUUGAGGUUGCGGGUCAGCGAGAACCACUGCAGUGAGUCCGUCACGGCUCCAGCGCGAGCGUGAGGCUGCAGCCCCCCAGCCGCCCGGCCCUCUCCCUCUUUUCUGCCUGUCUGCCUCUCCACCCUGUCGCUGUCUCUUCCUCCCGCGCUCUCCGUCUGUGAAUCUCGACCUUAAUUUCUUCCACCCCGCCCUGCCCGCUCCCUCAGUCACCCAGCCGGCGCGGGCCCUGCGGAGCCGCCUCCCCUCCCCCACCCUGCACCCCCUUCCCCGGGCGACCGGAGGGCCGCAGCUGGGCCUCCUUCGCCGCUUCCUGCUGGAGCCCGUCUUAGCGCAGACACUUCUCCACGCAAGCGAGCCUCCGACCCGCCGAGCAAAAUGGGAAAUGAGGCAAGUUAUCCUUUGGAAAUGUGCUCACACUUUGAUGCAGAUGAAAUUAAAAGGUUAGGGAAAAGAUUUAAGAAGCUUGAUUUGGACAAUUCUGGUUCUUUGAGCGUGGAAGAGUUCAUGUCUCUGCCUGAGUUACAACAGAAUCCUUUAGUACAGCGAGUAAUAGAUAUAUUCGACACAGAUGGGAAUGGAGAAGUAGAUUUCAAAGAAUUUAUUGAGGGAGUCUCUCAGUUCAGUGUCAAAGGAGAUAAGGAGCAGAAGUUAAGGUUUGCUUUUCGUAUCUAUGACAUGGAUAAAGAUGGCUAUAUUUCCAAUGGGGAACUCUUCCAGGUGUUGAAGAUGAUGGUGGGGAACAAUCUGAAAGAUACACAGUUACAGCAAAUUGUAGACAAAACCAUAAUAAAUGCAGAUAAGGAUGGCGAUGGAAGAAUAUCCUUUGAAGAAUUCUGUGCUGUUGUAGGUGGCCUAGAUAUCCACAAAAAGAUGGUGGUAGAUGUGUGACUCUUUUUAAAGAGUACCACCCAACACUUUUGCUUUCUUCUCCAUCUCUGAAGAUCUGCUCAAGAUGUCCAGCAAUGCUCUCUGUGUAUUUAAAUGGAAGUAUUUUUCUCUGUGAAGCCACAUUUUCCAACAUGAGCCUCAUGAAGCCAACUAAGUGUUAUUGAACUCUUACUCUCUCAAUAACUCAGUGUAGCACUUUAAAGUCUGAAGGACAGCAACCUGAAAAGAGCAUAUCAAUGUGGUGGAGAAAGGGAAGGGGUUGGCUUUUUAAUUUAUUUUUCUUCAUCUUUUAUAACAAGAAAGUAUCUAUAUAUACAUAUGUAAAUAUUUAUAUAUAGAUAUAUGUAGCUUUCUAUAUAUGUAGUAGGUUGGCUUUUAAUUUAAUAUACUUGAUUCAGAAACAAAACGAUAGAGUAAAAGUGCCAAGCAGAACAUAAAACAUCCUCACUUUUAUUUCACACAGUUUUAUAUAUAGAUAGAAGAUUGUACAAUUUGAGCCGGGUGUUAGGCCAGCUGUUUUCCUUUUCCUGUGCUUUCUCCUUUGAGAGAUUGACAAAGCAUUUGUUAAUGUCUUAUUAUUUACCUUAAUUACAUUUUUGUAACAAAGGAGUCUGUAACUUUAUUCGUACUUAAGAAUAUAUUUCCAGGGACUACGUCUCACUGCUGAGCAGCUUUUAAUAUGCCUCUCCUGGAGGAGAAAGUAUAGUUCAGCGCUACUGCCAAGAGCUAGUUCUUGUGUGCAUGAGAUAACUGCACAGGCUUACGGCUGCUUCAUUCUGUUACUUUACAACUAGGAGCCAUUGCAUUUAUUGAAUGUCCCUGAGUAAGUGUAAGUUACCAGUUGUGAUUUUAUACAUAAAGGCCAAGAAGCUAUCUUAGGCAGUCGUGAUUUAUUAUAUGCAUUACUUAAUGAAGAAUACCUAAAAUAAUCAUGUAACUGCUUAGGAUAUCCAUUUGUGUCAUUAAAUGGGUAAAUAAUUUGUCAUUAAACUUGUGUUUGAACCAUGAAUUUCCCUUUAUGUUUCAAAAGACUUGCAGCAAAUAAAAACUGGGGACAUUUAAUGUGCAUACAUGUACUAAACACCCAUAUAUAUUUGUGAUUAAAAUGGGAGAAAUCUUGCUAAUUAUAUGUCACAGAAGAGCAAAAUUCUAUUCAAAUUUGUACCUCUCUUUACUGUAAGGCAUAGAGAAUGCAUGACGGUUUUUCCUUGAUUUGCCCAUAUAAUUGAUAAUGGGUGAUAACUUAAUAGAUGUGUGUGAUAUAAAAGUAGUAUAUCCUGUUCUACCACUUGAUGUUAUCCCUUCCCUUUUCUGCAAAGGUACUAUUGGCUGGAAGAAAAACAUUUUGGUUAGCUUUGUAUGACAGUAGUCUUUCCCGAUAUAGUUUUCUAUAAAAACUGGUUUUAUAAUCAUGAGUGGAAAAGGGCAGGUUGAAUCGAGGUGACUGAGCGCACCUGCCUGCCCUCGCUGUUCCUUCAACUGAGUGCUGCACAUCAUGGGCUCUGUCUGUGAGAGAAAAAUCCCGGUGCUUGGUGUCCUUGCAUGACAUGGAGUUUUGCAUGUAGAUCAAUUUAAAAUGUACCUCUUGUUUACAUAAUUUGCAUAAUUUUAAAAGACAAUGUUGCCAAACUUUGGAAAUGUUAAUAUUCAAACUGAAAAUCUCCACUUCAUGUAACUUCUUCCUCUGGAUCAGUACGUGGCUUAUAAUCCCAGCCAGUGGUUUAAUCUGUUCCAGUGUCAACUGCCAUGUGCUCUGCUUCAAGGGGGAACCUAGUCUUUUGUGAAUUUUUUGUACAUAAGUAUUUGUUACAAAUAUUUUAGCAAAUGCUUUCUAUUUCUCUUGCUUGUGCAUAUCUUGGCUGGCGUUACAGAAAAAUAGUGCAGACAUUAUUUCCUUACUGGGGAAUGGGUUUGUUUCCUUUUCUUUCUUUUUUUAGUUUGUGUGUGGGUUGGGUAGGGGAGGGGUGGUUUAUGUUGAAUGUUUAGUUUUUCUUCUGCAUGAUACGUCAUGUUGUGGGAUCUUUAGAAAACUUCAUACUGUAUGAAUAAGAAAAUAAAAUAUUUGAAACUUG